AUGGCUCCUGCGAUCGCUAAGAAGAAGUGCGGUGUCCUCGGAGCUACGGGCUCUGUCGGCCAGCGAUUUAUCCUACUCCUCGCAGAGCACCCUCUUUUAGAGCUCCACGCCCUCGGUGCAUCUGAGCGCUCUGCCGGCAAAGCGUACAAGGAUGCUGUUAAGUGGAAGCAGGCUAGGCCUAUGUCUGAAGCCUUGAGCAACCUUGUCGUUCGCGAUUGCAAGGCUGAGAACUUCAAGGACUGUGAUCUCGUCUUCUCCGGGUUGAACAGCGACAUCGCCGGUGAUACUGAGAUGGAAUUCAUUAAAAACGAGAUCCCCGUCUUCUCAAACGCUAAGAACUACCGCAAGCACCCCACUGUUCCUCUCGUCGUCCCCACCGUGAACCCCCAGCACAUGGACUUGAUCCCGCACCAGAGACAACAGUUUGGUUUGAAGAAGGGAUUUUUGAUUUGCAAUUCGAACUGCGCUGUUAUCGGUGUCGUUAUCCCAUUCGCCGCUCUCCAGGCUAAGUUCGGUCCCGUCGAGGAGGUUGAAGUCUUCACAGAGCAGGCAGUGUCCGGUGCAGGAUACCCUGGCGUUUCCAGCAUGGACAUCGUGGACAACGUCAUUCCCUACAUUAGCGGCGAGGAAGACAAGCUUGAGAACGAGGCGCAGAAGAUCCUGGGUUCUCUAAACGCAGACGCUACUGCUUUUGAAGAGCAGUCCAGCCUGCGGAUCGGCGCUACUUGCACCCGUGUGGGUGUCACCGACGGUCACAUGGCUUUCGUUUCUUUGCGUUUCAAGAACCGUCAGGUACCAAGCGCAGAGGAGGUCAAGCAGGCCUUGAGAGAAUACCAGUCUGAGGCCCAGAAGCUGGGUUGCCCAUCUGCUCCGGAGCAGGCCAUCAGAGUGUUCGAUGAGCCCGACCGUCCGCAACCCAGACUCGACCGUGACAUCUCGAGAGGAUACACUGUUAGCGUCGGACGUGUCCGUGAUGGACUGCCGGGUGGCUACUUCGAUUUGAGAUUUGCUGCUCUCUCUCACAACACUGUUAUCGGUGCUGCGGGAUCAUCUAUCCUCAACGCCGAAGUCGCUGUGAUCAAGGGCUACAUCUAA